AUGCUUCGUACAACCCAACGCAUCUGUCAAGCGUUAUUGGGACACAUUAAUGGAACGCCAAAGGAAGAGAUAGGAAAUGCUACCAUAAGCUUAAUCAACUCCGCAUCAGCCACAAAAGCCCUGUGCAAGGCCUUGCAGCACAGCUACAUACAUCGAAAUGCCGGACCGCAACCAACUGUGCCUCCUCUCCGCAAAAAGCCAGCCAAUGGCCGCGCGCGCGGCAAACCAAACAAGCUUAGAAGCCCAUCUGAUUCGCGGGGAAAAUUAAGGCAAAAUGCAGAAUGGACCUCCGGGUCACAGGUCCCCCCUUAUCCCCAGAGGAACGCCUCUGCCUGCGUCUGUGUUGGCAUCUCAGAUGAAGCUCACCAUGUCCAGCAAGCCACGGACGUCCCGAUGAUCCCCGUUCCCGCAGGCCAUGCCAGAUGUGGGGUGCAGGCGAUCAAGUCGGCGAUAAUCCGCGAACGCUGCAACCCAGAGCCGGUGGGAGAUCAAGACUGCGAACGAGGGCACAUGGCUGCGGAAUUGCCGAUCCUCCCCGGCACGUGCUUGGCAGCCUGA